AUGCGCUUUCUCGCAUAUAUCUCCCUUUUACUGGGAUGCUUGUCGCAUUGCUUUGUCUCCGCGACAAGCGAUGGUAAUUCAACUGAGGUGACCUGGGAUAAAUACAGCCUUUCAGUCAAAGGCGAGCGGGUCUAUGUCUUCUCCGGUGAAUUUCAUUACCAGCGACUUCCUGUUCCUGAGUUAUGGCUUGAUGUGUUUCAGAAGUUACGCGCCAAUGGGUUUAAUGCGGUCUCGAUAUACUUCUUCUGGAGCUUCCACUCCGCCUCGGAAGGUACGUUCGAUUUCGAGACUGGCGCGCAUGAUGUCCAACGAGUCUUCAACUAUGCCAAACAAGCUGGUCUUUACGUGAUUGCUCGUGCGGGCCCCUAUGACAACGCCGAGACCUCUGCUGGUGGCUUCGCCUUGUGGGCCUCCAAUGGCCAGAUGGGCGAAACGCGGACCAGUGCAGAGUCUUACUACGAGCGAUGGCUUCCCUGGAUUUUGAACAUCGGCAAGAUUAUUGCCGCUAAUCAAAUUACAAACGGCGGACCCGUCAUCUUGAAUCAGCAUGAGAAUGAGCUACAGGAAACAGUGCAUUCGGCCACCAAUACCCUUGUGGAGUACAUGGAGCAAAUUGCAGCUGCUUUCAGCGAGGCCGGGGUGGUUGUGCCUAGUACUCACAAUGAAAAGGGCAUGCGCUCGAUGAGCUGGUCGACAGACUAUGAAGAUGUCGGCGGUGCUGUCAAUGUCUACGGCCUGGAUUCUUAUCCCGGUGGUCUGUCGUGUACCAAUCCAGACUCCGGAUUCAACCUCGUUCGAACCUACUACCAGUGGUUCCAGAACUACUCAUACACUCAGCCUGAGUAUCUGGCUGAGUUUGAGGGUGGAUGGUUCCAGCCAUGGGGUGGAUAUUUCUAUGAUCAAUGUGCAGCUGAGCAGUCGCCCGAGUUUGCGGAUGUCUAUUACAAGAACAAUGUCGGCUCAAAAGUGACUCUGCAGAGCUUGUACAUGAGCUUUGGAGGGACAAACUGGGGCCAUAGUGCUGCGCCGGUGGUCUAUACUUCAUAUGACUAUGCGGCGCCUCUUCGUGAAACUCGUGAGGUGAGAGAUAAACUUAAGCAGACAAAGUUGCUUGGCUUGUUCACUCGCGUCUCGUCGGGUCUUCUUCAGACGGAUAUGGAAGGCAAUGGCACGGGGUACACGAGUGACGAUAGUAUCUAUACCUGGGCUCUCCGCAACCCUGACACCCAAGCGGGAUUCUACGUUUUGGCUCAUAGCUCAAGUCCCUCUCGCGACGUGACUACGUUCUCAUUGAAUGUCAAUACCACAGCUGGUGCAAUUACUAUCCCAGACAUCGAACUGGACGGCCGACAGAGUAAGAUUAUAGUCACCGAUUAUCAAGUCGGUAAAGCUUCAAGCUUGCUAUACUCAUCCGCCGAAGUCUUGACAUAUGCCACUCUUGACGAAGAUGUCAUUGUGCUCUAUCUGAAAAUCGGACAGAAGGGAAGCUUCGCCUUCAAGAACCCGCCCGCUCAUUUGACAUUCCAGACCUAUGGCAAUUCGAAAAUGACCUCUGCUACAUCGGAUAACGGGACGCAGUACACCUACACCCAAGGAGAAGGAUCGACUGUAGUCAAAUUCUCCAAUGACGUUCUUUUAUAUCUUCUUGAUCAGGAGACCGCGUGGAACUUCUUCGCUGUGCCUACAACAUCCAACCCACAUGUCUUGCCCAGCGAGCAAAUCCUCGCACUUGGACCAUAUCUGGUUCGGGAGGCCAGUAUUGAUAAAAACACCGUCAGUCUCAUUGGAGACAAUGCGAACACCACGUCGCUUGAAGUCUACCCGGGCAACUCGAAGGUCACCAAGAUCAAAUGGAAUGGCAAAGCUAUCAAAGCUAAAAAGACUGCGUAUGGCAGUCUGAUCGGCUCAGCCCCAGGCGCAGAAGAUGCUAAGAUAAGACUGCCUACUUUGACAUCGUGGAAAUCUCAGGACACAUUGCCUGAGAUCCAAGCCGACUAUGACGAUUCCCGUUGGACUAUCUGCAAUAAGUCUACGACGGUCAACUCCGUUGCUCCUUUGACUCUCCCGGUCCUUUACUCCGGCGACUAUGGUUAUCACGCUGGGACGAAGAUCUAUCGCGGUCGCUUCGAUGGCCAGAAUGCCACGGGGGCCAAUAUCACCGCGCAGAAUGGUGUAGCCGCCGGCUGGGCUGCCUGGUUAAACGGAGCCUAUGUCGGCGGUGCCAUAGGCGGCCCGGACCUGACAUCAACCACGGCAGAGCUCACAUUCAACACUUCUGGUCUUCGCGACACCGACAAUGUCCUGACGGUUAUCAUGGACUAUACCGGCCACGACGAAGCGAACGUCUCGCCCGCAGGAGCGCAGAACCCCCGCGGGCUUCUAGGCGCUACUCUCUUCGGAGCCAACUUCACCUCAUGGCGCAUUCAAGGCAACGCCGGCGGCGAAGCUAACAUCGACCCGGUGCGCGGACCCAUGAAUGAAGGCGGUCUCUACGGCGAGCGCAUGGGCUGGCAUCUACCCGGCUACUCGAUUCCAAAGACCGCAGGCAAGGAAAGCCCGCUGGAUGGGGUCACGGGUGCUGAAGGCCGAUUCUAUACGACCACAUUCACCUUGAAUCUGGACACAGACUUGGACGUUCCGAUUGGGCUGCAGCUCGACGCACCGACCAACACGACGGCUGUCGUGCAGAUCUUUAUGAACGGGUAUCAGUUCGGCCACUAUCUGCCGCACAUCGGGCCCCAGACCCUGUUUCCCUUCCAACCUGGCGUCAUCAACAACGGGAAGAACACGCUGUCGAUUAGUCUGUGGGCGUUGGACGGGGAGGGGGCCCGUCUGAGUCAGGUGGAGCUAGUCGCGUAUGGAGCGUACCGUACGGGGUUCAACUUUGACCACGACUGGGCCUAUCUGCAGCCGGGCUGGAAGGAUCGGAGUCAAUACCAGUAA